AUGAAGUAUAAAAUGCCCAGCUAUUUGGACUCAGGCCGCCGAUCCAUAAUGGGUCCAAUGGAUCUAAGUACAAGUUACAGAUAUAAUGCCACAAUGUUGGAUUAUUAUGCAUGUAAAAAUUCAAGCAGUGUCAAUUACCUAUCCCACUUGGAUCUGGAAUCGAAUCCUGGUGUCGAAAACAUCCAGCCCAAAAUGGGACGGUCCAAUUCUUCCGAAUCUCAGUCCUCCAGUCAUGGCGGCGUCAAUCAACUAGGUGGCGUGUUCGUGAACGGUCGUCCUUUGCCAGACAUGGUCAGGCAGAGAAUUGUAGAGCUUGCACACCAAGGAGUCCGGCCUUGUGAUAUCAGCCGGCAACUCAGGGUUUCCCAUGGCUGCGUCUCAAAAAUCUUGGGAAGGUAUUACGAGACGGGGUCUAUCAAGCCCGGAGUGAUAGGUGGAAGUAAACCAAAGGUGGCCACCCCGAAAGUGGUAGAUGCCAUUUCUAACUACAAAAAACAGAAUCCUACCAUGUUUGCUUGGGAAAUUCGAGACAGGUUGCUAGCCGACGGCAUCUGCGACCAAGACAAUAUACCCUCAGUCAGUUCCAUCAACAGAAUCGUAAGGAAUAAAGCAGCUGAAAAAGCAAAACACGUGGUUACCUCUAGUUGUAAUAGUCCAAGCCCUCAAAUGACGUCGACGGUUAUCGUGACGUCACAUCCAGACCAAAGACCCUCAUACUCCAUCAACGGCAUCCUCGGCAUCCCUAAUCCUCUUGAAGACAACAGCAACAGCAACAAAAGGAAGAGGGACGAACAAGACAAUAGUGAUCCACUGGUGUCAGACUCUCAAGACGUCAACCUUCAUCAACAAUUGAAGGAUGAAGAAGAGGAAGAGGCCAAACGCCAAAGGACGCACUAUAAUGGCGACCAGCUUUACAACACGCAGCAGAUGUGGUCGAAGUGGGCGAAACAGGAUGAUCUCCAAAAAACGAUGCUGGUGGAAUUAAGCGGUGCACCUUCUCCUCUAUCAAAUGGAGGGUUGCAUUACGCAACCUUACAGCAACCUCAAUAUACCUCCGAAGCCUUCGCAGACCACCUCAAACAUGACCUCGUGUCCUACGAUGUAGGACUGACGUCUCACAUACAGACGACAGCAGUCUACUCUCCGCCUCUAGGCAGUGGAUCUCUGACGCCUCUCACCCCCAUCAGUAUGCAGGAAGUGAAACAACAGCUUGUUGUGAAUCCAGGCAAUGUCUUGGAUAAUACCUACGUAACAGUGGGCAACAGUGGUGAGGUGUGCGGUGGAAGUCCUUCUCCAGCUAAGGCUGAGCUGAAUGAGGGUACUUCGGCUCUAACGGUUCUACAGCCAGUCCAUAGUCCUCUGAGCCCCAACGCCACUUACACGCCCCUGCCAUCUUUCUCACAGUACCCAUCCGUGACAACUAUGACUGUACCGGGAUCCGGUGUUGCAGCAGUUCCAGGGACAGAGUACUCUUACGCGUCGCCUUAUACUCAGUAUUCAACUAGCCCUUAUGCUACAUACGGGUACACCACCAGCAGCAUUGUCACGGAUCCGUCCUAUUACUACAGCAGUCGUCCAAUUACUAACCAGAACACUAUCCUGACGACAGCACCGUCCCUCAGUCCUGACGCUUACAAGGACAGAUGCUAACUAAUGGACUUUAAUUGCCCAUGGCUACCUCAAAUCCAAGCAUAUUUUAGUCAUCCAGCUGACAAUCCAAAGUUCUUUCUCAUUCUACAAAAUGAAUGGUGUAGAUAGAUCUUCUGGG